AUGCAAAACUCCACCUUGCGUAGUGUGGCGAACGAACAAUGGGGCAGAGGGGCGCUGGGGUCGGACAAUGAGCGAAGCCGCGGGCUGGCGCACGGCAAGCGCCAUGGACGCUCGCCUCACUUCGGAGGAGGCCCGGCUAACUACCCAAGUCGACGCUACAUCAUGUUAAAACCACAAUACGUGCCUUCAAUGGCGCGCGAUCUGAGCGGAGCGCAUCCACCGCGGCGUGGCUCCCGCCCCGACAGGGGCAAAAAGACCGCACCGCCUGCCCUGGACCACACGGGACCCCACGCCGGACCUCGCUUUGUGCCAGCGAUGCUUUAUUGGUCGGGGCACAUGACAGGGGCGAGUGCUCCCCUUAACGGCAAAGGGAAGUUUAUCAAUUGUGGAAGCGUCGCCUUAAGCGCGCGCCGUUCCCACGCCGAGAUCAAAGGCGCCGCCGCGUGUGACCGCGCCGCACCGAAAUUGGCUCGGCCAGUAACUCUUGAAAUGACGAAAGUGGUCGGCCACUUGCGCAACGGCGCGUGCAAAUACUCGCCCAUUCACCAUCUGGACGUGGCCUCCCCGCGCCGCACCCGCCGAAGUUGC